AUGCAUCCAUUGGACUUUGCCAUCGUCGCCGGCUAUCUGAUUCUGAUUACCUUUGUUGGCGUACGGCUGUCUGGCCGGGUGAAAAACGCUAAAGACUUUUUCCUGGCCGGCAAGUCCCUGGCCUGGUGGGUUAUCGGUUUAUCUAUUAUCGGUACCAACAUCGGCGCCAACAGCUACGUUGGCGCGGCGGGCAAUGCGUUUAAUAUUGGCAUAGCCCAGGCAAAUUUCGAAUGGAUAGGUGCCAUUCCAGCAAUGAUCAUUGCUGCGCUGGUGUUCAUUCCCCUGUACUGGAAAGCCGGCGUGUACUCCAUUCCAGAAUACCUGGGUUUACGUUACAACCCGGCGGUUCGCGUCACCGCAGCGGUCAUCACCAGUGUGGUCACGGUGUUUGCCAUUGGCGUUGCUUUAUGGGCCAUCGCCCUGACCUUGCAGACCUACCUCGGCUGGCCGAUCUGGGUAGGCAUUGUAGUCACCGGCACGGUGGUCGGUGCUUACAGCAUCGCCGGCGGGCUCGCAGCGGUUGCGUUCACUGACACGUUACAGGUCUGCAUCAUGUUCAUUGGCGGUCUUGUCAUCGUCGGGCUCGGCAUUUCUGAAACCGGCGGAUUUGCAGGAUUUGCUGAAACGCUCACCCGGGACAAUCCGAAUCACCUGCAGGCUUAUCUAUCCGCGGAUCAUGAAAGCUAUCCGUGGCCUGGCGUAUUACUUGGUCUUGGUCUCGUUCUAUCGCCAGCCUACUGGUGCGCUGGUCAGGCUAUUCUGCAACGCACCCUUGGCGCCAAAACUCAGUGGGACGCCAGCGCGGGCAUGAUGUUCGCCGCUUUUGGAAAAAUGUUUAUUCCGUUGCUUAUCGUGUUCCCGGGACUGCUGGCGCUGGUGAUGAAAGCCCAGAUUGAAUACCCGGACAUGGCCCUGCCCUGGGUCAUCAAAAAUGUGCUGCCACCGGGCAUUUCCGGGCUUAUGUUCAUUGCAAUCAUCGCGGCGCUGCAGUCCACCAUCGAUUCCGGCGUGAACUCCACAUCGCUGAUGAUCACCCGGGACAUCCGCCACGUGGUGCUGAAGAAUGCGAAUCCUGAAAACGACCUUAAAAUCGGCCGUUACCUGACCCUCAUACUGCUGCUGCUUGCCAUGUGCACUGCGCCACUGAUUGCGGACAUGGGUGGCAUCUUCACGUUUAUCCAAACCAUCCUUUCACUGUUUCAAGGUCCUAUGCUGGCACUACUGCUGCUUGGUGCAUUCACCACACGCGCCACACCCCAGGCCGGGUUGUGGACACUCAUCAGCGGCGUGAUUGUCUCGUCACUCAUGUUAUGGACCGGCAUGAACAUGCUGUACGUUGCCUUCUACAGCUUCGUCUACAGCCUGGCGCACCUGAUGGAUCUGUCUACUCUGCCCGUAGCCUGGGCCAACUAUCUGUCGAUAUUCGGCUUUCUGGUGCUCGGCGUCCUGGUCUGGAGAACUGUUUUGCGCUUAUCUAUCACCCUCAUUGCCCUGGUUUUUGCCAGCGCGCUCAGUAUGUCAGCGUCUGCGGCACCCAGAAUCUACGUCUUCAACUGCGGCAGCAUAAACAUUGUUGACGUGGCCAGCUUCGGCCUGACAAACGAAGAAACUGAUGUGCGCGAUUUGUUUGUACCCUGUUAUCUGAUCGAAAAUGAUGGUCAGCGCCUGUUCUGGGAUGGCGGUUUACCACUGAACCUUGUCGGAAGUGAAGAUCUGGAACUGGAACCCGGCAUGAAGGUCUCGUACCCGCGCUCUGUGCUUGAUCAACUCGCAGACAUCGAUCUGCAACCUACCGACAUUGAUCUGGUGGCAUUUUCACACUUUCAUUUCGAUCACAUCGGAGCAGCAGAUGCUUUUGCAGACAGCACGCUUCUGAUCAACAAACGAGAAUACACCGCCGCGUUUCUGGAGGCGGAUCAAUACGAAAUAUUUGAUCCGAGCCUCUACAGCAAACUUGCUGACGCAGAUCGCAUUGAACUCACCGAUGCGGACCACGAUGUAUUUGGUGAUGGCUCUGUCAUCCUUAUCUCAGCGCCUGGCCACACGCCCGGACAUCAGGUGCUGCUUGUAAAACUCGAGAAUACCGGACCGAUACUCCUGUCAGGCGAUCUUUAUCAUUUUGAAUUCAGCCGCCGGCAUCAGCGCGUACCGGCAUUUAAUACGGACAGAGAGCAGACCUUAGAGGCAAUGCAGAAAAUAGAGCAGCGCCUGCAGAAGGAAGGUGCCACCCUGUGGUUGGAACACAGCCAGGCUUUGGCAGACAGUCUGAACCUGGCGCCUGCCUUCUACGACUAG